UUGAAGCCACAGGGUGACACUUUGGAGAAGAUGGCCGCUUUACGGUACCGGCGUUUUCUAAAGCUGUGCGAAGAAUGGCCGGUGGAUGAAACCAAGCGGGGCAGAGACCUGGGAGCCAUUAUAAGACAACGGGUGGCACAAGCCUUCCGGGAAGGUGAAAACACACAGGUAACUAAUCCUGAAGCCUGCGACCAAAUGUAUGAAAGCCUAAGCAGAAUCAACAGCAACUACUACAGAGAGAAGUACCCAAGAAUUCAGGAUACAAGCUUCACAGAGGUCACUGCGGAAGAAUAUCAAAUGGUACUGGCCACUGAUAGUUUAAAACAGAUGGAAGAGAUGAAAAAGGGAAUGUGGACAAGACUCAGAGAGAAGUUUAAUGCUAAAUCCCCUCAGGACGGCGUUAAGGACUGAUGUCGUUGUUAAGAGAAAAAUCAAUUUCCACUUCCUUCCUGCAAAUACACCAGUUGCUCCAAAUAAAGAAUCUGUCAAUAAACAGUUUCCUC